GGAAUGGAAGCGGGCGAAGGAAGACCACGGUGUAUUCGCUUGUUGCAUAUGAAUUGAAGGUCGUCUGUUUGGGAUGGCUGCAAGAUGUUGCAUGCCAUGGGUCGCCUCCAAUGGACACUGUAUACACUAUUCUAAGACCACCCUCAUUUCAGAUUGUUGCUUGUACUGUCUGUACGGGUGAUCGCUGCCCCACCAUCACCUUCUUAUUAUUUGGACUGUUGCUUCUUUUCAAGAGCAGCAUCGACCAAAGAGCUCAAAUCGCUUGCUCGCGCUGUUUGGCGCUCUUGGUCCACUAGUCGAACGUCUCGUUCCAUUUCGUAGUGGACUGGCUUUGCGACUUUGGUAGCUUUUGCCGUUGUAUCUGCUUGCUCUUUUAGUUUUUGCAACUCCUUUUGACGACUCUUUGCUUUGUUAAUUGCCGCACGAACCGCAUUCUUGUCGAGCAGUACAAAACCCCCGAGUUCCUUUUUGCGUCGACCAUCGCCCGUCAGUUGCUGCAAGACGUCUUGCAUCCAAACCAGGUCUUGUUGAGAGCCAACUGCAACUUCCGAGAGGUCCAGAUUGUGGACCAAAAUGUCUUGCAGCUUGGCGCUACUCACUGUGGUUAAGAACCGUCGGGUUUGUUCCAUGGUCUUGGGGAGACCCAGAAAGGCGCGAUAAUGCUUCGGCCAAGACAAGGAACGCAACAAGGGCCAUUUCAAAAUGGUGGCAUUGGCCAUCAAGAAGUCGUCCACUUGCUGGCGGACUUGUACUGGUAGAUCAUCUUUGGGAGCAGCGGAAACGGCUUCUAACAAACUAAAGAGGGCGCUUUUGGUGGCGUCUUUGGCGGUGGGAAUGUCCGUCUCUCCGGCGUUGUUCUGCUCGUCGAUUCUCGCAGCGAGAUCCUUCUGCAAAGAGGCGAUGCAAUUUGCUGUUGGUGCUGCCGCCAUUGUAGCUUGCUUGCUUGAUUACUUCACUGUACUGUAUCCACUGGACUGUGAGCAAUAGGCAUACGAAGAGCUCGCGUACCUGGUGCUAUUAGGCUUUGCCGUGUGAUUUACCGUAAUAUGACAUACCGUAUGCCAUACGAAGGUUGUUGCCGAACUGGAAGACCCGGAUUUUAAGAUUGGAACUAGCUCAGUUGUGCGCCUGAGUGACUCGAAGGAUGCUGCAAUAUUAUUUAAGCUUUGCAUCCAAUUUUCUUAAGUUGCACCAUGCACAAGCACCCUCGAUUCAUUGAAGUAGAAGGAGAAGAAGACUUCUACGCCAACAACACCGCCUUGAAAGAUUUUCCAAGGGAAAAAGUUUCAAAGCCAUUCUACGAAGCAAUUCAGCAAGUGAAAACCAAGCGCCUUUUCACCAGCAACAACAUGAAAGGAUUCAACACGUUCUUCGCACCUUGGGCAAUCGGAUUGCUGGCUGUGGUCGGCGCAUCUGCUGCUUCGGCCGUCCUCAAAGAACCAUCUCGUCGUCUCCGAGAAUCGCCACACUUCUUGCGUCCUCGGCAGUUCGCCGCGACCGAAGCGUCAACGCCACGGGGCGAAGCGAUCGAGAGUCGCCGCCUGUCCUCCACGAGCUGGAUCCCAGUCGGAGGCCCCCGAAAAGGGAAGGAGAACGGAGAAAACUUUGGAUACGAUGUUGCCCUGUCGGCGACCGGGACGAUCAUGAUUGCAUCUGCGCCAUUCGCCGAUAUCGGUGGAGCCAACAUUGGGCACGUUCGAAUCUACCAGUUCUUGAAGCCAUCUGGCGUUUGGUCUCUGGCAGGCGAGAUCCGAGGAGAGCGUCCUCUUGACGAGUCGGGAACUUCCGUCGACGUCUCUUCCGAUGGUACGCGAAUCGUCAUUGGUGCUCCCAACAACGACGGCAAUGGAGCGGAGAGUGGUCAUGCACGAGUCUUCUUCUACAAUUUGACGACCACUUCUUGGGACCAACUUGGUCAGGAUUUGGAUGGCGAGGCCAGUGGAGUGCGGGCUGGAACAUCGGUUGCUAUGAACUCGGACGGUACCAUUGUGGCUGUCGCACAGCCCUAUUCGUCGCUGGUGUUCCCAAAUGGUACAUCCAUCCAAAACACCGGCUCGGUUGCCGUCUACAAGUACUCGACACGACACUCGAAUUGGACGCAGCUUGGGCCCACCAUUCGAGGAACUACACAGGAUAUGCUGUCUGGCUUCUCUUGUGAUAUCAACGCGGAAGGCAACGUGCUAGCUGUGGGCGGGCCACACUACGCUCACAGUGGAGUCACGGGUCUUGGACAAGUAAGUGUAUACCGAUACUCCCACAUUGAAAACGACUGGCUGCUGAUGGGCAGCCCCAUCACCGGAGCACAAGAUUGGGAAGAGCUGGGAUAUUCUCUAAAACUUGCUCUUGACGGCCGGAUAGUAGCAAUCGGACGCCCAACUCUCCAUGCCUUUGGACCGAGAAGUGGAGCAGUACAUGUUUAUAGAUAUCAAGGAACCAGCAAUACAUGGAACCCGGUCGGUGAUCUCAUUGUGGGCGCGAGUCAAGACGAUCUCUUUGGCGCGAGCUUGAGCCUCUCUGCCGAUGGGACAAGGCUCGUCGCCAAAGGAAACAAAGGGACACGACAAUUUUCAUUCAUAAACGGAACCUGGACUCAAGUUGGCGGUUUUAUCGGGGCUGCCAUGCCUGAUCGAGUCGCUCUGUCUGCUGACGGGAAAACGAUUGCCUCUGGCGACGUCAAGAGCGGGUCAGUUGGAAGCGUGAGCGUCUUCCAAUAUCCAGACCAGAUCUACGACAUCCACCUUAUCAAUGUCCACAGCUCCUUUAGUGAUCAAUUGGAUCUUCCAGAAGUCGAACUUGACUACGCGGUCACAAUUCUAGCGAACAACGGUGUCGGUUACUUCAACAUGACCAUCCUUGAUCAUGAAAGCUGCACCAUCAAAGACACUUCGGGAGCCAUCAAGCCUCGCCUCGAUGCCAACGGCACAAUCGGGACUUAUGCCGUGUCUGAUCUUACAGUGAAGAUUGACGUGGACAAGAGACUCAUAACGCAGACACCUUACUAUACCGCGUCCGCAGAUUUUAUGUCAGGAGUGCUUAGAUUCUGCGCCAAGAUGGAGUACUUUGACCCUUCCAGCCAGGCUUUGGCCACGGCGAAGAAUAAGAUCAAACUGGAACUGAACCAACUCGCGAAGUUUGAAAUGGUCAACAUGGAUGGAAGCAGGCUACCUUCCGCCUUGGAAACGGUUCAUUACGUCGACUUCGAUUACGCCACGACAACUUACAUCUGCGACAGGACGAAUCGUCCAAUCACCCCCGCACCUCGCCGCCCUGGUCAAAGCCUAAGGUUCUGUGUUCGAACUCCGGUCCACUCGGAAGUGGAAGUCAAAAGUGUACGCAAUGUGUUCUUUUUGAAUACAAUGGUUCCUUUGCUGACCAUCAAAGUGAUUGACGAAGCGGGAAGAGCCAUCGCCCCUCAGGUUAGCAUUACUUGUUUGGAGGGGAUUUGCAACAUCAAGACAGUGACCUUUGGGGACCUCUACGAAUACGACGUUGGCAACAACGGUACUCUUGUGGACGUUUCGAAUGGCGUUUUUGUCGAGGGGCAGGCAGUGCUAAGCUUUGCGGAGAGCAGGCGACGCCGUCUCGCGACCGAAGGCGAUUGGCAUGACAUGGAAACAUUUCCCGGCGAUGGGAUUACCCUGGAUGACUCCCUUAUGAAGGCAGUGAUUGCGGCGGAAGGAGAAGAAGCCACAACAGGCUUUCAAUUGAAAGCCAACCUUGCAGCACCCAGAUCUGCGUGUUCUGUUUCAUCUUUGAGUUGCGUAUUCAUUACUGGAAUCUGCAGCGCCGUGUUGAUGAUGAUGAAUUAGUUCUAUUUGGGCGGUUGCGGAUGUGCCCAAGGUGGAAACUUGCAUGUGCCGUGCAUUGUAGGCUCUUGGAUGAAGAGGAACUAGUGAGCUGUCGUAAACUGAUCGAUAUAUUUGUCUUUAC